AAGAUUACAAAACCUAUUUGAGAGAGCAUCACUGUCAAGGAAGAUAACAAGCAGACAAAGAAAAUGGGUUGUUUCGGACCAUCUAAGAGUUCAAGAACAAGAAACCACAAACAAGAUUCUAUGACACGACAAAACACAUCUCCUCAACCUCAACAACCUCAAAGCUUGAGAACCGAAGAAGUUCUGUUGCAGAUUCCUAGAUGUAGAGUCCAUCUCAUUAACGAAUCCGAAGCCGUGGAGCUCGCCUCAGGCGAUUUCAAGCUCGUUAAGGUCCUAGACAACGGCGUGACUCUAGCUAUGAUCGUGAGAAUCGGACAUGACCUUCAGUGGCCGGUGAUUAGAGACGAGCCAGUGGUGAAACUCGACGCACGUGACUACCUCUUCACGCUUCCGGUUAAAGACGGCGAUCCACUUAGCUACGGUGUCACUUUCUCAGGAGACGACAGGGACGUAGCCCUUGUGAACAGCCUAAAGUUAUUGGACCAAUUCUUGAGUGAGAAUUCAUGUUUUUCGCAUUCGGCGUCGAGUAAGGUUAAUAAAGGAAUCGACUGGGAAGAGUUUGCGCCGAGGAUUGAGGAUUACAACAACGUAUUAGCUAAGGCUAUUGCUGGAGGAACAGGACAUAUCAUUAGAGGAAUAUUCAGUCUCAGUAAUGCUUACUCUAACCAGGUUCACAAGGGAGGUGACAUAAUGAUUACAAAGGCUGAGGAAAGCCAGAGGAAUGGAGGUUACAACAAUGGAAACUCUAGUGGUGCUGAGAGGAAAAAUGGAAUCAACACAAACCUUCAACGAGUGAGGAAGAUGUCAAAGGCAACUGAAAAUUUGAGCAAGACGAUGUUGAAUGGUGCGGGAGUUGUGAGCGGUUCUGUGAUGGUCCCUGUGAUGAAGUCAAAACCAGGGAUGGCUUUCUUCUCCAUGGUUCCAGGGGAGGUCCUCUUAGCUUCACUUGAUGCCCUUAAUAAAAUACUAGAUGCAACUGAAGCCGCAGAGAGACAAACUCUAUCUGCUACAUCCAGAGCUGCUACCAGAAUGGUCAGUGAGAGGUUUGGAGAUAACGCAGGGGAGGCGACCGGAGAUGUUCUAGCAACAGCCGGUCACGCGGCUGGAACUGCAUGGAAUGUUCUCAAGAUCCGCAAGACUUUCUAUCCUUCAUCUUCUCUCACGUCCGGGAUCGUCAAAAAUGCUCCAAGAAAGUGAUAUGUAUAUAGUGAGUCAUAUUUUCAGUGACCACUUCUAUCGACGUAUGAUCGAUGAGGACUCAUCAGCUAUGCUAUUUAGAUUCUCUACAUAAUGAGGACUCAUCAGCUAUAGUUUGUACGUAAUGUAUUAAUGGAGCUAAAUUUAAAUAAGCUCUCCAAAGUGUGUUAAGUUUUAUGUUUUUAACUCAAGACCAAUUUACAA